CGAAGCACCGUUGCAAUGAUAACAGUACAUUUCGCCAUGUUUGUUGUUGUGUGUUCGUUUGAUUAGAUUUUUCUGUUUAUCAUUUUCUGCGCGUACAAGUGACUUCUGAAUAUUUUAGUACCUAGAGACUUUGCGUUAGACUUUUGCGUCCGAUUUGCGCCGUUAUUAUCGUUAUGUUUUCCUUGUCGUCAAUGUUGUCCGAAAUUUAGCUAUGGUGCCGCUCGUGUCGUAAUAAUAACGAUCCCAAACGUACGGGUUUCCCUGGAAUUGUGUACGUUGUCCCUGGAGGAUUUCCACAAUGGCGCUAAUUGGCCUCGCGCGACCUAAAGCUCUGAGCCAGUCCGACGAUUUCAUUGAGCUGUGGACAUGAACUCUGGUGUUGGUUAGGCAGCUAUUAAGACGAUUGUUGUUCCGGGAUUUUCGUCUUCAAUCUCUCUGCAGUAAUAUGGACGAGAAGAUUAAACUGGACGACUGCCAUCUGGAGCCUGAUGCUCCAACAGUAGUCUCUGAAAAGGGUGUGCUGUUAAGGACCAGUGCUAGAGUGUCCAAAAAAUUACGUAUGACACCAGCGUCUACUUCACCCGGACCCAGUUGUUCUAAAAUAGACUCAAAUGAUGCUCCUGUUUUCAAGUCUUCCAAAAUUAGACGUGAACUUUGGUCAGCAGAAGAUACCAAUUCUUUUUUUGAAGGCUUAAACGAGUUUGGCAAAGAUUUUGAAUCUAUUCAAUGGUUUAUGGCAAACCGAGCUAAGCGUAAAGGUUCUUGUGAACAGGCUAUUAAAAGUAAAGAACAAUUGAGGCACUUUUAUUAUCGGACAUGGCACAAAAUUUGCAAAUAUAUUGAAUUUCCCAAAGAAAUGCAAAAAGUAGUGCAAGAGCUAUACGGGUUAAUUAACUAUGGUGAACUUAAACGAAGAAUUGGAUUUUGUAAUGAUAAAAAUUGGUCAAAAUUAUAUGAAAUGAUAUAUCAUGGUUCGACUAAAGUCAGGAGUAAAGGAAAAUUGUGGAAAGUUAAAACACCACAUUGUAGAGCUUUGAGAAAGCUCAACUGUCUUGAAGAUACAAUUGGAGACUUAAAAUUGCCGGGAAAAGUUAGUGUUGAAUUAAGGCCUCGAGAUAUGGAUACGUGGUCUUUAGUCCAAUCACUUGCCAUGAACCCUCGCAUUAGAGCAACGGUUGAGUUACAGAAACCUUUGUCUAUGCUUUUGUCAUUUUUAGAAAAUAGAUGGCAAACUGAAAAUCGAAAACUUCGUGAACAAAUACACAGAGUUAAAACACUAGAAAUUGAUCAAGAAUCCAAAAGAAUUCUAAGAGUUGCUCCAGCAACUGGUGUUAAUAUUACUCCUAUUAGUGUAAAUUUUAGUGAUAUUGAAAAUACAAAUGUUAGUUUAUUAGCUCAUAGAAACACACAUGGAAUUUCUAAAGAAUCUGUAGAAUCAAUUCUUCAAAAGUUUCCUUCAACUAAAGUCCAAAAACCAUAUGUUAAACGGGUGCGCACAGAAACAGUUAAUUCUGCAUCUGGAUCAUUUGGAAGUCAAGAAAAUAGUUCAACCACAUGUUCAUCUACAGUAUGUCCGAUAACAGAUGUAACUUACGAUGGUGAAAAAGGCUUGGAUAUUCUAAUGGCAAGUCCUCCCAAAAAUGAUCCGGUUAUUUCAUCACAUGACCAAGAAAAAGAGAAGAAAGAAGAAUUUAUUGCUAGAGUCAAACAGGGGUGGACACUAGCAAAUGUUGAAGCUAUUAAAAUAGGGGAACUUUAUCUCAUAUGUGGUGGUGAAUCUAAAAUUCAACUUGAGUAUUGGUUUGAAGAUUGUGUUGAAGCUACCAGUCAAAAUAGACUAUCCCAAUCGCUCAAUAAACUCAUUUCUAUUGCUCAGUAUAAUUUAACUUCUUCUAAAGGCUGUUCAUGCGGAUCUGUAAACAACAAACCACAUAGUUUGCCAAGACAGACAGAGAUUAAAACAGAGGUGGAUCAAAAUCAACGUGGUGCUUACUCGUUAGUCAGUGGUUGCAAAGUAAUGGUUCACCCAUCAUCAGUAUUUAGACGACCUUUGCAGCCAAAACCUUUACAUUCAACUGGUUCAUUCAAAGCUCAACUUGAUAAAUUACAACCUAGGUAUUGUAAUCGAACAGGUCGACCCAGCAAUAAACAUGUUGGCAUUGUUCAAAAACUUCUGCCACUCCAACCAAAGACCAGUUUAACUAUUGUGCAAACAUCUAAUUUUAGGCCUAUUGUACCAGUAAUUAGUUCUGAACAAAAUCAGUUAAUGGACGGCAAACAAUGUGAUAUUAACCAUGUAGAUCAAGCCUCACUUUCUCCAAAAAAAGAGUGGAAACCCCCAGAUGAAGAUAUUCCAGAUGAUGUAAGUAUCACAUCAUCGACUAUAAACAGGUUAAUGGACAUAGCGUUGCCGUCCAUGAACGAAUUCUCAACUCCAAAUUUUUCUGGUCUUUUAUCAAACUGUAGUAGUUCAACAACUUCUAUUAGCUUAACAACACCAUCUACUAGUCCUUCUAGACUUUUGAAGGACGAUAGCAAUCAAUGGCUAAAUCCAGAUAUGGACUUUUCAUUAAGUAGUUUCUUAGGUCAUCUGGAUAAAGAACAAAUGGCUGAAACUACAAGAAAUGAUCAAAAAGUUAUUUCAAAUGAUGUGGAAGCCCAAUUUCAGUGUCUUAUGAGUGAGAACAGUGUGGAUUAUACCGCUAAAUUUGCAGAUUUAGCAGCACAAGUAGCUGCAAGCAAUAAUAACUGCCAGUAACUUUCAUUAUUAUUUUUAAUUAUUAUAUAUAUUUAUUGAAUUAUAAUUUAAUAUUAAACAAUGUUUUGUUAUUUAAUAUAAUAUUACAUUUUUUUUUUUUUGACGUUAUGUACAAUAUAAAAUAUGAAUAUUUAUUGUUUUAUUUAUAUUAUUUAAUAUCUUUAUGUUAUACAACUACAUAAUGUUGUUAAAUUUUUUUAACUUAUUAUAUUAUGU